GAAGUCACGAUGAUGAUGGAAUUGCCAAGUGGUGGUCAUGCUGAUGGCAGAAGACAGGGAGACUCAUACUUUCAGAUUCUGGGACUGUCAACUGAGAAGCCACUAGUCAAGAUUAAUGGGCAUUUGUUCACCGGACAGUUCACAGACACCCUUGGUUCACAUUUGUUUUUGGAAGUGGAGGAAAAGCCAGGUGCUAAAGCGACCAAGGACUCUUCACAAAGAAACAGCAAGCAGAUCAAGUCUGUGACUGUCACUAACAAAUAUCUCAAACUGGAGCCUGUUUACUUGGAUCCGAAAAAAGAUGCUGAGUAA